GACAAGCGAGGACGGCCUGUCACAAGCCUCACAUACCUGUAUGAGCAGGCGAUGAAGCUCGACACCCAUCUGAGGAGAAAGACGCUGGGCUGGGUGUCGUCGAGCAAGGGGCUGCUACGGCACAAGGCCGCGGCCAGCUCGUGGUUUCCCGAGGAUGACGACGACAUCGGCCCGUACGUGGAAGGGAGUGGUGUGAACGACUACGUGUGGGCGCACGUGAAGUCGAUCCAGCGAUGUGUGGAGAAGGUGAUGAGGUGCUACGGGGGAGACGUUUCCUGCCUGCUGGACGUCUGCAGGCAGUGCAUCAUCUUCGACUCGGUCUCCGACCUCACGAAGUGUUUGCGGGCGAUCCUGCAGGACCCGGACGUGGUGGUGGAGAGGAUCAAGAACAACCUGGACCCCACGGCAGACUCGGUGAGGAGCGGAGGAUACAGGCAUGUCGCCCUGAAUCUGAGGAUAGCCUCGGAGGAGACCAGGAGAGAGGACACGGACUGGCACAUCUGCGAGCUGCAGAUGGUGCUGAGAAGCUUCUACCUGUUGAGGAGCGAGAGAGGGCACGCGCGGUAUAUCUCGUUCAGGAACAUCAUGGGGGAGUGAGGAAGUGCUGGAGGAAGAGGAGGAGGAGGAGGAUGAGGGGUGUACUUGUAUUUGUAGUUGUUGGUUUGUGGAAGGUAAUGUGAGGGAAGUAACCUGAAAUACAUCUAGAUCGUACGUG